AUGUCCCCUUCUAUCUACUAUGCAAUUUUGAAGAUGCUAGUGAAAAUAAUUCUCAUCCUCUUCUGCCCCUACACACCCCAUCCAGUUUCGUUGUGCACAAACAUCGAAUCCCAAAUACAACCUAAUUCUGUCCAUGGUGAAACUCCUCCGAAUUUGGAGCAAAAAGUCGACGAAACUGUGGUCGAUGAAAACGAAGCUCCUCCAGAGCAACCCGAUGAUGCCCUAAAGACACGCAAACCCACCGAGGAAGAUCCAAAAGUUCCUCUGAAAGAUCUUUCACCAUUUCAUCUCCAACAACCAACUCGCAUUGCUCCAAAUUCGAAAAAGCUUCGCAUUGCUCCGAAUUCGAAAAAGCUUCACUCUGGACAGAAAUGGGCUGCAUUUGGGAUUUGA